AACAAAUCAAUCAAUGAAUUGUCAAAUAUGUCAAGGUGCUGUCAUACAGAAGAAUUUGCAUUUUCAGAAAAUGAUGAAAAUUUAUAAUUAAAUUCACAGUAAUUAGUAUUGAAAUACCGUUCAAUAAUUAUUGAAAUUAUUGUUAAGUGCUUGGUUAUUGUAGACAUAAGUUGGUUUUGGUUGAUAAUUUCUGAAAAAAUCUAACAAAAUGGCAGCCACAAGGAGGUUGCAAAAAGAAUUGGGCGAUAUCAGAAACUCAGGCUUGAAAUCAUUCCGAGACAUACAAGUGGACGAAACCAAUAUUUUAACUUGGCAAGGUCUAAUUGUUCCCGAUAGUCCCCCAUAUAAUAGAGGAGCAUUUAAAAUAGAAAUCAAUUUCCCUGCAGAAUAUCCAUUCAAACCGCCAAAAAUCAGUUUUAAAACUAAAAUAUACCAUCCCAAUAUUGAUGAAAAGGGCCAAGUGUGCUUACCAAUAAUUAGCGCGGAAAAUUGGAAACCGGCCACCAAAACGGACCAAGUGAUUCAAGCCCUUGUCGCUUUAGUAAACGAUCCGGAACCCGAGCAUCCUCUUAGGGCAGACUUAGCCGAAGAAUACUUGAAGGACAAGAAAAAAUUUACUAAAAAUGCUGAGGAAUAUACGAAAAAGCAUAGCGAAAAGAGACCAGCUGAUUAGAAUCAAAUUUGUCUUUUGAACUAUCAACUAUGAACUCGCCUUAAAAAACUUUUACUAAAUAAAUAAAUUAAUUAAAAAUUAAUUGUGGACUUAAAAGUAGAAAAUUUUAUUCAUUGUAGAAAGACAAACUGACAAUACUUUUUCUCUUUUUGUCAUUAAUGUAAUGACUUUUUCAGUUUGUAGUACCUAUUUUAAAUAUGGCUUUAUUGGUGAAAGUUUUGUAAUAUGCAAAUGUGUUCUUGACUUAAAUGUUCAAUUUUUAAUGCUUGGUAUUUUAAUAUCGAUAUUCAAAUGCUAAGAUAUAUAUUUCGCUAUAGUAAAAUAAGAUUUUCUGGUUAUUGGUCCACUUUUUUUUUUAUUUUUUUUUUAUCAUUAAGUAAAUGCAUUUCUUAGAAUUUUUUCAAGUUUUUUGUAUCCUUAAACCUCUAGUGGAUCUGUGAUACCCAGAACAAUCAUUGUUCCAAUGGAUGAGGUCACUUUUCUUUUGGUGUCUUCUAAUGAUAAUUAAGUUUUUGUUUGAUGCUAAAAAAUUUAGAUACCUAAGUUAUUUGAAUAUUUUGCUUUUUCUUCUGUUGGACAUCAACCAGAAUGUUGUACAUUUGUUUAAUAAAAAUUAUAAUUCAAAGACUAAUUGGACUAAUUCUUAUUUGGACGGUCAUAUCUUAUGAAUCAGCAGGAAACAGGUACUCAUUAGGUGAAAUUGAAAAAAUUAUAUGUAGAAAACUAAGGAAAACAAUUUAAAAGCAACCUUGAUGGGGGAAAAGCAAAUGGGUGGAACUGAACAAAAAAUCACUCCUGCGAUUACUAGGUUUUGAAUAUUAUUCGUAAGCGAUGAUUAUCAUAAAGGCAUUGAUUCAAUUAACUGCAGACCUGAAGCUAGCAAACUAUAGAGACAGAGUAUAUUCGGAAAGAUUUAUUUAGAAUUUAGGUAUACAAAAAAUACAUAAAUAUAUAAUGUGUAUUACUUUAGGAACUUAAUAAAUAAAAUAAAUGACAACAAUUUAAAAAUUAUGAGGCACAUUUGGGUUGUUAAUCUGACAAUAAACUAAUGUAAUAGUUUGUUUUUUUUGUACUUAACAUAAUAAAUUUAUUUGCUUAAAAUCUACUCGAGUACUCAAAGACCAUAUUCCUUAAUCAAAUUUCCAGCAAUAACCAACUUUUGAAUUUCGGAAGUGCCUUCGUAAAUUUCAGUUAUUCUCGCAUCCCUAUAGUGCCUU